UGUGCUUCUUCAAUUGUAAAAUAUGAUUGGCAGCUCGCCAAAAAGCGUCGAAUAAAAGUGUCUACGUGCAUCAAAAUGUUAAUGGAACGCACUGACAGUUUUCUCAUUUUUGCCGAAAAGGCGCAAAAAAGUGAAGAUACGCUAAAACAGCUUUCACACGAAGAAAAUAAUGAUAAUAAUAACUCGAAUUUUUCCGCUGGUGAUAGUGAAGUUAAAGUUGGUAAUGGAUUGUCACUUAGAAGUCGACUGUUUUCGAAGAAAUUGAAUUUUGGUAAGAAAGAGAAAACGAAAAAAGAAGAAACAAAAGGGGAAGAUUUUGUGCAACAAGUUCGAUCUUUGACAAACAGCAUAACAUCUUUGAAGAACUUUCUGGAACGGAAUCGAAACGAUUACCUCUCCAAAUCAGUUUCUCUUCUAGUCAGUUCGCAAUCGCCUUAUUCCGAAAUGGAUCGGGAUAAAAUAGACGAACAGGCGGAAAACCUAAUCAAAUUGAGCAACACUAUUUUAUUCACUCUCAAAGACGCUCUAAAUCGAAUUAAACCUGCAAAAGAAACAACUUUGAAUCAAUUUGAAAGCUGGCUGACUGAUUUUUCAGCUGAAAGUUUGACUCGAGGGUUCGAAAUAAAUGAGAAACUAGAACAUCGUAAAUUAGUUAUCAGUUUGUUAGAGGCUUACUUGAAAGAAGUUUGCGAUAUUUAUUCUGAACAAAAAGCAGUUCGCCUGAAAAGCAGCGUGGAAAGAAAGAAAUUUUCAAGACUUGAAUUAUCUGCUAAUUUAAGAUCGCCUAAAGAUCAAAAAGAGUAUCGAACUGUAUCUCAAGUUCCCCAAGAAUUAAGUUCAGAUACUGUCAAUGACCCAAGCAAGGAUCUCCUUUCGCCUGAAGAAAUGCAACAAAUGGAAUUAGAAAACCAACAGCUGUUCAAUGACCUUCAAGGAAUGGAAGAUCAAGUCAAGGUCAUUGAAGGUCAAGUUGUGGAGAUUUCACGUUUGCAGAGUAUCUUCACAGAGAAAGUUUUAUCACAGAGUGAGAAAAUUGAAAGUGUGUAUAUGACUACAGUCAGUUCAACAGAGAAUAUCAAACAAGGAAAUGAACAUAUUAGAAAUGCAAUGAGAAAUAAUGCAGGACUGAGGUUUUGGAUUUUGUUCUUUCUAGUAGUGAGUUCGUUCUCGCUGUUAUUUUUGGACUGGUAUGAUACAUAAUGAUUCAUGUUUUCUCUGAAAAAAAAAAUGAUGAUCAUGGGUUCAAUUGAUGUAAAUUUAAGGUCAUAUCAUGGAAAAAAUAGUAAUUUAUUGUUAAUUGGA